UUCUAAGGUAGCACUAUUGCUAUAGGUUCAUUGUGGGAAUGGAAAGGCAUCAUUAUUCGAAAUUUGGGGUUUUUCCUGGACAUGAUGACACUGUUGAUGGCCAUUGCUCAUUAUCUGCAUAUUUGGUUGCUUCAUGGCAUGGCAUUUCAUCUUGUGGAUGCUGUCCUUUUCCUGAACAUUCGGGCCCUUUUAAGUGCAUGCGUAAAACGUGCCAAAGGUUUCAUCAAAUUGCGGAUGGCUUUGGGGACCCUUCAUGGAGCACUUCCUGAUGCUACACUGGAGGAGCUCCGAGCAUAUGAUGAUGAGUGUGCUAUUUGUAGGGAACCAAUGGCAAAAGCUAAGAAGCUGUGCUGUAAUCAUCUUUUUCAUCUUGCAUGCUUGAGAUCUUGGCUAGAUCAAGGUUCAACUGAGAAUUACUCUUGCCCCACUUGUCGGAAGCCACUUCUUAUGGGCCAACCUGAAAAUGGGGUAAGCACCCGUGCUGCUGAAAUUUCAAGAGAUGAGCAGCUUGCUCGUGAAAUGAGUGCUGUACUUGAGCGGCCAAAUCUUCCUAGUCAUAACCUGCCCUCCGGAGUCUUCUCUAACCAGCCACAGAAUUCAGAAAAUGGUGAUCGGAG